GGUAGGGGAAACACUGGGAUCCGAUGACUCGCCAGGCCAGUUGCUUGCUUGGUAGUUGGUGAGUUUGUCAGAGCCGGUCCGGCUGGUGUGGAGUUCAGAGAGUGCUGGACUCAACGUGAAAGCUUUAUCCUAUCGCUGAGCUGCUUGUUUGUCCUAAGCUAGAUUUUACUAACCAUGAAAGGAAAUUCUAUUUUUAAUGAUUCUUACUUUAUUUGCAAUUAAAAUAAAUAAAACUAACCUGAACAAAGGGUAAAUAUUUUAAAAAUAAAUGUGUACUAGUGCUUUUAUAUAUUAGAAAUUGGCAUGGAAUAUCAAGUGACUCUGCAUUUUCUAAGCAGCCUUUUAAGCAACAAUGGUAAUUAGAAACGCAGAAGAGAAAAAUAAAACCAUGGAGGAAAAGUCGAAGAAUCAAUCCAAUGGCAAAAUCAACAGGUUUUUCAAAAGAGCUGCUGCCUGGGAAAUUUCAGAUUCUGAUGCAGACAGUGAUAUUGAAUCACAUCAAACAGAAACUGUUACCCUGAUGAACCCAACUGCUGACACACUGGAUCAUGGCAUUUGUGAUCAUGCUGUACAAGAAGACCUGAAAAGCUGUCUGAGUGCUAGUGAGCCAGCUUCUCCUCAACAAGUAGCUACAUCCUCUCCAAGCCAAAAUAUAAUGAAGAGAAUUCCAGCAGAUAUAAAGGCCUGUCAGGCAAGAGCAGAAUCAAGGAAACUUAAAAGGGAAAUCAGAAAGACAGAAAAAGAAAGGAGAAAAGCACAGGAGGUACUAGAAAAACAAAGGCGAAGGGAAGCUUUUGAUACUUUGAAGCUGCUUCGACCAGACCAAUGUCUGAAGUACAUGACUGUCUGCAUAGACCCAGGUCUAUUAGAAGAUCCUGGGUCAGAUGCUUUGAUGAAGGCUUUUGAUUCCUUGGAAUGUAACUACUACAUUGAGCCUCAGGAAGUGCCCUGCAGCAUAACCUGGAGGCGAAACACUCCUAACGGUUUCUCCAGUGUUGAUGAUACCCUGGUGAAGUCCGAAGAGGAAAAUGAGGUGGUGCUGCUGGUAGAUCCAAGGGACUUUCUCAAACGUCUUUUGUCUGUAACUCAGAGUUUAAGAGAAGCCCCAUCAGGGAACAGGCCUGAUCUGAGCCAGUUGUUGCCUUUGGACUGUUUGGAGGGCCCCUCCCUAAAAUCCUACAGCCUGGCUGUCAUUGGACUUUGCGCCUACACAUGGUAUGACAGUCAUCAGGACAAGCAGUCGGCACUGACACCUGAAGAGCAGAGCAGACACAAGGACCUCAGAUUCCAGCUCAGCCCAGAGUUGUCUAUGACGCAGCAAGAGCUAGAGGAGGGCCUGGUGGUGCUGCAGCUCUGGGGUAACACUGAGGUCUUGUUCCUGGACACGUGGCAUGAGUUGAGCCAACAUGUUUCUGCGCUGACCAAGGCAAUAGCAAAACGUCCAUAUAAGAAACAGCUGAAGACUCAACUAUUCUCCUUCUGCACUGAUGGGGGCUGGCCCAGCAGUAUACGAGUAGAGAAGGAUGGCACGGGACUGAAACAGCUGUGGAAGAGACAAAUCAAGCAGUUUAACAGAGUCAGCCCUGUUGUGGCAGGAGCCAUAGCAGCAGCAUAUCCUUCCCCAAGCCUACUGCUUCAGGCCUAUGAAGAGUGCAGCACAGAGAAGGAUAGAUUCCUCCUGCUGAGUGACAUUCGGGUAAAAGCAGAAGAUAACAGGAGAGAACGGCGCAUUGGAACAGAUUUAUCCCGCAGAGUCUAUCUCUUCAUAACAUCUACCAAUCCAGACCUUGUUUUGGACUUGGGAUGAUCUGUCCAGAUGUUAAACCUAGCUGUGGCUGAGCUAGCAUUGGCUUAGCACUGCUGCUCUGAGUACAGCCUCUUGAGACAGUGGAUUCUGCUGCAGAAUGGAAAAUGGUACUUCAAGACCUGUUUCAUUAUAGAUGCUUUCUUCA